CGGACUGAAAAUAAUAAAGAAAUUGAAAAAAAAAACAUUAUAAAUAAUUAGAGCAAUAAAAAAAAGAUCACGCGCAAGAGAUGAGAAAGGGGAUCCAACCCGCCCUGGAGCAGUUCCUGGUGACCGCCGGGGGUGGGGAGGGGGCGGCCGCCGUCGCCGCCGCCGCUGCUGCUGCUGCAGCCUCCAUGGACAAAAGGGCAUUGCUGGCCAGCCCCGGCUUCCCCGCCACCGCCGCCCCCGGCACUUACAUCCAGAUUCUCACCACGAACACUACCACCUCCUCCUCCUGUUCCUCCUCCCUUCAAAGUGGGGGUGCUGCCACUGGCCCCCAGCACACUAACAUCCCCGGCGUGGAGCAGACCGCCAGCAGCUUCCUCUACUCCACCCCGCAUGGACCCUCCAGCCGAGCCGGGCUGCUGCAACAGCAACCAGCCUUAGGACGAGGCGGCGGUGGCGGCCCUCCGGCAAAGCGAAGGCUGGAGCUAGGAGAAAGUGGUCAUCAGUUUCUCUCAGAUGGUCUAAAAACCCCAAAAGGCAAAGGAAGAGCCGCAGUAAGAAGUCCAGAUAGUCCAAAAACUCCAAAAUCUCCCUCAGAAAAAACACGGUAUGAUACGUCACUUGGUCUGCUCACCAAGAAGUUCAUUCAGCUAUUGAGCCAAUCCCCAGAUGGGGUCUUGGAUUUGAACAAGGCAGCUGAAGUGCUUAAAGUGCAAAAGAGGAGAAUCUAUGAUAUCACCAAUGUGCUGGAAGGCAUCCACCUCAUUAAGAAGAAAUCUAAAAACAACGUACAGUGGAUGGGCUGCAGUCUCUCUGAUGAUGGGGGCAUGUUGGCUCAGUGUCAAGGUUUAUCAAAGGAGGUGACGGAACUCAGUCAGGAAGAGAAGAAGCUAGAUGAACUGAUUCAAAGCUGCACCCUAGACCUUAAGCUGUUAACAGAAGAUUCAGAAAAUCAAAAAUUAGCUUAUGUUACAUAUCAAGAUAUCCGAAAAAUUAGUGGCCUUAAAGACCAAACUGUUAUUGUUGUGAAAGCCCCUCCAGAAACAAGACUUGAAGUGCCUGAUCCCUUAGAGAGCCUACAAAUACAUUUAUCAAGUAACCAAGGACCUAUUGAAGUUUACCUGUGUCCAGAAGAGAAUGAAACACACAGUCCAGUAAAAUCCUACAACCAAGACCACAAUGGGAAUAUUCCCAAAUCCAGUUCCAAAGACUUGGCCUCAACCAACUCAGGACAUGCUGACUGCUCCAUUUCUAUGGCAAACCUUUCUCCCUUGGCUUCUCCAACUAAUCUGCUCCAGCAGACUGAGGACCAAAUUCCUUCAAACCUAGAAGGACCAUUUGUGAACUUAUUGCCUCCCUUAAUCCAAGAAGACUACCUACUCAGCCUUGGGGAAGAAGAAGGCAUCAGUGAUCUCUUCGAUGCUUAUGAUUUAGAAAAACUUCCAUUGGUGGAGGACUUUAUGUGCAGUUGAUUGUUUUGUGUGAAUUCUCUCUAUAUAUAAACCAAUAUUUUUUUAUCAUGGAACUAGAACAUCUGUCCUUCAGUGUUGUCCCUUGCGACCUUCUUCCUUCAAGAAUAUUAUCACGAAGUAAACUACAACUUCACAACAAAGCUGACAUUUUACUAAGUUUUUUUUCUUCUAAAUAUUGAAUAAGCGCACAGUUGCAGGCUUCUUUGGGAGAAAGCCCUGCUUUGCCCUAGGCUCCGAAAUCUUGUGGAUGAAACAGCAGGUGGAACGUGUGCAAUCAGGUAGCUAAACCUUGCCCUCUCGCCUGCCUGCCCUCCCUCCCUUCCCAGGUGGCCACUUUGCCUGAUGGAUGGGCUAGUGGAGAAGGCCCAGAAUCACGUGGUCCACUUGCAAACAGCAAUCUUCCUUAAUAGCAUUUCAAGCCGUGCCUUCUUUGUAGAAUGCAUGUCUUUGGGGUCUGCUAAUAUGGAAUGGAACUGCAGGAAGCAUAAACUUGAAGUCAUGCAAAAGUAUGAAAAUGUAUUUCUUCAGCUCUUCCUAGGAAUAUUUAAAUUGUGGUCCUUACAUGAUUUAAUCUAUGUACUAUUUGUUUGGUAUGAGGUAAGAAAUACUAAUGCCCUAUUAUGCCUUUGGUUUGAAGUUUUCCAUAUAAUAUGUUGCAAAUAGAGACAAAUUUCUGCCACUCCAAGCAAUUGUGGAUUUUCAGGUGCUCCCAUAAAAAUCCCCAUUUUAUUUGUAUCGUUAACGUUUAUUUGUAGCACAUGGCCACUUAGGAAUUCUUGGUGUUUUUUUUUUGUUUUGUUUUGUUUUGUUUUUAAGCAUUUAAGCCUUCCUAUGGCACCCAUCACCAUUUCAAUUUAAUUGUUUACUUUGAAGCAGUUUCUACUAAUUUCUUCCAGCUUGGGGUAAAGCUGAUAAGAACUGCUGCUGCUGAGCAAAGUUUCUAAACCUGUGUGAUCCCAGUGCUGUAGAGGCCUUGUUUCACAUUGGUCCUUUCUCUGUGGAACAGAGGAACUGGGAUGAGUCAGUAUUGGAUACUAAUGCCUUGGGCCCCGCCUUUGAAGGGGAGUGCCAGGUUCAUGAGCAAGGCAGUCCUAGGUGGAGGUUGAGAAGAACUGCUUCAUGUAGGGGUCUUUUGUCUGCCAAUGACCACAGAAAAGGGCUCUCUUGCGUCACACUCAGGGACACCACUCCUAGGGAUGGGUCAGGAAGAGACCUAUAGGAAAGACAUUCCCAUCCCAGGAGGCCGAACAAUAUUUACUUCAGCUAGUAAGUAAUCACAAAAGGGAUUCGGUCCAGCCACAGCUCUGGCCCAAGUCCCAUUCCCUCUUAUCUUGUGAGGGAGGAUCAUGGAUUGAAGGGAGUCAAGGAAAAUAAGGCAGUAUUAGUGAAGGUGUGGUAGAAUUCUCCCUAUUUCUUCUCAGGGAAUGGCUUCCAAGUUUGGGGAUGGAGGGCUGAGUUAGCUUCAUUUGGGUGAAUAUCCAAGUAUACUCUCCCGUCUCCAGAUGGAAACAUGUUCUUUACAGCCAGACCCAUAGGUUGGAGUUGGUCUGUCUUGGCUCCGUUAUACCUCAAACUCCAUUCCCUGAAUGCUGAGAAUUCUCCCAUCGUCCAGAGCAACAGAUGGAGCAGGGAGGAGGGGGGGUGGGAGAAUUGUGGAUAGGAAGAACCUCUGAAUGAGCAGUGGGAUUGAUCGUUUGGAUGGCUGACAUAGUGCUUGGGCACCUGGGCACUUGAUAAACACUUUAACAAAAAAACAACAACAACAAAAGUCCCUUGGUAAAUUUCAAAAAGAAUCUUACCUUGGAGUUGACUGUCUACAGAAUUCCAUAUGCAAAGUGGUGGGGGAGUCAUAAAAGUGACUCCAACACCUUAAAAUACUUGUGUAUGUGUGUGUGUGGGUGUAUAUUUGAAAAGGGAGAAACAAUGCAGAACAAAGAUGCUUGGUGUGUGUUCUUGCCCCCACACACCCUGGACUUGGUACAGAAUGUUUGGUGGUGGUACUUGCUACAGAGAGGGGAAGGGUGGGGGAAUGGGGAGGGGAAGCUUUGUGUUAAGUGCCUACUGGAAAUGCACUGUGGGGUUUUUUUUCCUGUAAAGGAAACAAUUUAUGCCAAGCUUUUUUUUCCAUAUACCAUAUUUAUCUCAUCUGGUUAGCUGCCUCUGCUUCCAGCUUUGUGUAAUUUUGCCAGCAGCGCAAAGCUGACUUUUCCCAAAGUUUAAACAGUGAGUAUCACCUGACUGGAUUGUUUAUUUUUUUAAUCCUUUUGGUAAUAUAAUACCAUAUUUAUUGUUUUGAAAGUGAGAGGAAUCCUAAUACGUCUUAAAAGUUCCUUUGUGUGUAAAGUUUUUUUUUUUUUCUUCUUUUUUUUCAAUUCAUGGGCUCAUUUGAUGUACAUGAAUUAGGUGUCCCAUGUUGUAUUUUUGUUUGCAAGUUUUUAUCUUUAUCAUCCUAUCUGGCACAAAAGUGGGUUAAUACUACAGUAUUUUGUAUUAUUUACUUUUGAGUACUCUAUAUUGCAGGUUUUCUGGUACCCUUGAGUUGCUGCUAUAAAAACAAAAGCUCACAUCUGAAACGGCUAAAAGUUAAGUUACUUGAGUGCAAAUUCUGACUGAGUGAGCCUUAGAAUAUAAAAUUGUAUAAAGGGCAACACAUGAGCUGUCAAACAGUAUUAAGUAUGUGUUUAUAUGUACAUAUAUGUGCAUAGUGAAGGUUUUAUUUAAGUUGCUAAUGUAGUCUACUCACAUUUUAGUCAUCUAGCCAUUUUGUAUAAUAAUAGAAAUUAAUUUGUAAACACUGCCAGAAUAUUUUCUAGCUGGUUUGUAAUUUUAUAAGAGUGUUUGCUUUUGUUUGUUGGUUUGUUUGUUUGUUGUUGUUUUUAAGAUGUAGAUCUGUAAAUAAAAUUGCAGUAUUUAAAGCUUUAGCUCUGUGGAAAAAGAAAACUUGAGUUCCAAAUAAAUACGUGAAUAAGGAAGGAGGAAUGUAUAGGGAGCUUAAUGGAGAGUAAAAAGAAUAGAAAUGGUCAGAUUAUGGACAUUUUUUUUCUUUUUGCAGAGGAAAUAUCAUUUUGUACAAAGUAAAUCCUUCUCCCAAAGAAGGAAUAGGCAAAAAUAAUACUAAUCAGUUGAGCUUUGUGUUGUAUGUUAGUUUUAAAAAAAGUAACAUGUAAAAUAAUGUAAAAAAAAAAAAGUUAAAAAAAAAAAAGCUUUUCUGAUGGGUUUUGUAAAUAGAUUUGUUACAGGAUGACCUGUUCUCUAGCUGUGAUCUUACCACUUCAAAUGGAUGUAAUUUGAAUAAAUUUUGUAUGGUAAAGAAUCAAUAAAACAAUUUUUUUUAAGAGUUUAAA